AUGCGCCACUUGAUCAUGCGACACUACGUCCUCAGCCUAGGUGACGCGUAUGCGACGAUUGACGAAUCAUGGGCUGGUCAAAAUGGUACCGACUGGUCUCUCCCGACGAUCAUGCCUGCGGGGAGCGCAAGCACGUACCUCCACCUUGCAGCCAGGCUAGGCGACGUGCCAUUCGUGUACGAAUGCAUACGUCUUGGAGCCAACAUCAACUGUCAAGACGUCAAGGGCCAGACACCGCUCUUCUGCGCUAUGCAGGAGCUGGUUGGGUUCUCGCAAGACCUAGCCAGGCGUCAGUUGCGCCAUGGUGGCACCGAGGAUGAAAGCCUCGCCGCAUCCACCCUUGCUCGUCGGCGACACAUCGUGCAAAUUUUGCUUGAACAACAUGCCGAUAUCAACCUCCGCCGAGCGCCUGACCCAUGGCCACACCUUGUUAUCGGGCCCUGGGUGUCCCUGGAUCUAGAACUGCUCGAGUUGUUCGCUCUUCAUGGAACCCCAUGUACAUUCAUCGGGAAAAGCCUCAUUUUAGAAUGUGCUGAAUUGUUGAAGUAGUAUACAGAAUGUCUAGUAAUAAUCACCAUUCGACUGUUCCAUAUAUUCCGGGGAAUUCGCUACCCCCCUGUGGGCAUGCACGACAAUGGAACGAGAAUGAGAACUCAUUACAUAUAUCUGUCUUGUAUUCUGCAAUAGAAUCUGAG